AUGAGUAGGGCCAGUAAGAUAACCUUCGGUGUGUCGUGCCUCGUCACUGCCGUCACGGUGGUAGGUGUUCAUAUUGUACAAGGCAUGGAAAGAGAGACUUUACAUCAGGGACCUAUCAAAGAUGCCAAGAGAUUAGCAGAGAAGAAGAAGUUGAAAGAGGCUAAAGUGGAAUUAGACGACGAGACGAAGUUGAAGAAAAGGACAUUCAAUAUAAACGAUCAUGACAAACAGCAAGAAUUGAGAAAGAAAUACGAAACUAUGCAACCAUUGACCGGAGAAGUCGUUACGAAGGACGGCGAAGUUGUAUCUUCAUCACUGUCUAAUUGA